AUCGCAUGGAAGGUAUUUAACCCACGUACGAACACGUUGUUCGCAUUUCAACAUUGACACGGUCUAGUGAAGGUCAAGGAAAGCUAGUUGGUAGCACAAAAACACAAGAAGGAAAUAUUGUACAUUAGUACAAAACCUGUUCAUCUCGUUGCCGAAAGAAAUUCUUUUUGGAUCAGUUGAAAAGUUUCAUUUGCGAAACGGUGCGGGAACAGAACAAAUAAAAAUUAGUAUAAUUCAGUGAAAAAUGAAAGCAAUAUUCUUCGUCCUCUUAAUUGUUGCCUCGUGCUUCGUGGUCCACAGUCAACACUGUCCCGACAUCACAUGGGCUUGCCCAAGACGUCGCGAAAAACACACCCAAAUUGUUGCAAAAGAACGAGUAAAACGUGACAGUGCGCCUCCUCAGCAAAAAUUAAGCGAUUAUUUGGAAGAAUUAUUUGACGAAAGUGUUUUGUGCUUAUUGGACGAGUCCGAAUGCGAUCGCAGACGAAUUUUACGACGAUGGGAACGCACUCGCACAAAAGUAAUGAUGGAGAAAAAAGCAAGAAAAGAAGCGAAUGGUGCUGCUAAAAAACGGCAACUUGAUUGCCCGUUUGGGGUUUGGAAUUGUAAAAAAAAUGAGAUCACACAAGUGAAAAAUAUCCAGUCACGACAGCCAUGCGACGCCGGCAACGCCAAAUGCUUGCAGAAAAAAGACGAUCAAUCCGUGGAUGAUCUAAUUGACGAAAUAUUCGCGACAUCGUGAGCAUAUGUGAACAAGCUGAAACGAAUCUACCUGGUUGCAAUCUAAAGCAACAAGCUACAUAAACGUCGUCCCGUGAAAUUCUAUUGAUAUAAUUUAUCAGCAAAGAUCACACAAGUGCGAAUUCGUGCCAAGCACCACAGACAUAUUGGUUGUAUUAUAGCUACGUUUCAAAAGCUGUGUUCUGAAUUGCGAAUUAUUUAAGAACAAACAACAAAUAUCUAUUUAUUUAAGUAAGAAGCUUUUACACGAUUCCAAACGUAAAAGAGGACACUGAGUUUGAGUAAUUCAUAUCAAUUUAUUAGCAUGACGCUGAUCGAAUCUCUUUAACUAAGUCGUGAUAGAAGAGUUUCAAACUUUUGUUUUGGUAUCGCCUGACAGUAAGUUUAACGUCUGUAUGUAAGGACAUAUAUAUAUGAAUACGGCAGAGUAGCAUAUUUAUAGAGAUUUAUCAUUGAUAAAGUAUAAUUAAAUUAUUUAAAGCAUUUA